AUGGCGACAACUGCAACCUCUUUCUCGACUGCAGGCAAGCAGCCGCCUCAGGAGGGCGGUAUCUCAGCGCAAGUAGGUGGCUUCAUCAACUACAUCAUCUUCUCAUUCUGGUUAUUUGUGGCCUUUAGUGGAUGGAUAGUCGCGCUGUCAUCCCUGUCCGCCCUGCAGCACUACGAGAAUGAUACUGGCAUCUCCGCCGGUCCCGAUGGCUGGGCCAUCAAGAGCAACUUCCCCGGCCUGAACUCUGGCCGCGUGUUCCGCCUGGACUGGUUCAUCCUGUUCUUCCACUUUGUGGUGUACUCGCUCGUUGUCAUCGCCACUGUCUCGCGCGUCCUGCCCCAGGCGCGCAUCUCAGUGUCCGGCUUCCUGGCGAUUGCGGCUGUGCUUGCAGUCAUCUCUGCAGACCGCUUCUACAACUUGGCCCACUUCCACGUCAGCAAGGCCUACUAUGCCUCGUCUCGCGGCGUGUUUGCUGGCUUUGUCAUUGCCGCCACGUCUGACUUUGCUCUGCUCUACAUGGCCGGAGUUACACCCGCCGCCUGA